GUCAAAACAUUUGCUUUGCUGCAAGUAAAAGAUGAACAGCUUUAGGGUAACUUCAUUAAUUUCUCUCAGUGUUCUUUUGUUGGGCUGGGGAGAAACUGUUAUAAGUGAUGUCAAGCCUUGUUCAUCUAAGGGCACAAGGAAUGUUGGAGCUGUGGAGGAACCACUCAAGGCAGAAGAGAAAAAUAAAUCUGCAGAUAUUUCAAAACAAAAAGAACAAUGCCUUGUACCAUGUGAUGUUCAAGCUAAAAUUUUACGAGGGGAAAAACAGUAUAUGUGCAGAAAUUUGCAGAGCUCUCUUGUUGAAUAUGCAAGAAGCACAAAAAAACUGGUGAGAAACAUGAUGGAUGAUCAACAGUCUUCCUUGGAUUACCUUUCUAAUCAGGUGAAUGAACUCAUGAACAGAGUUCUUCUUUUGAAUGCAGAAGUUUUAAGAAAGCAUUUGGAUCCACUUCCUUACAAAACAGUUCAAUCUCAUGGGUUGGAUUGCACUGAUAUUAAAGAUACCAUUGGUUCAGUUUCAAAAACUCCAAGUGGUCUGUACAUUAUCCAUCCAGAAGGAUCAAAUUAUGCUUUUGAGGUAUUAUGUGACAUGGAUUUUCAAGGAGGUGGAUGGACUGUGCUUCAGAAAAGAACUGAUGGAAUCAUUACAUUUCAGAGAACUUGGUCUGAGUAUCUGGAUGGAUUUGGUGAUCUUUCUGGGGAAUUUUGGAUUGGAUUAAGGAAGAUUUUUUAUAUAGUAAACCAGAAAGCAACCACUUUCAGUCUCUAUGUGGAUUUGGAAUCAGAAAAUGACAAGCAUGCCUACGCAUCGUAUGAUGCGUUUUGGAUAGAGGAUGAAGCAUGUUCUUUUAAAAUUCAUUUGGGACGUUAUUCAGGAAACGCAGGUGAUGCAUUCAGAGGAUACAGAAAAGAAGAUAAUCAGAAUUCAAUGCCUUUCAGCACAUUUGAUGUCGACAAUGAUGGAUGUAGGCCAGUGUGCACUAUUAAAGAACAGCCUGUAAAGAGCUGCAGUAACUUCAGUGAUAACACUGGAUGGUGGUUCAACCAGUGUGGCCUUGCAAAUCUUAAUGGUAUUCAUCGUUACACAGGUAGAUUUCUUGCAACUGGGAUUCACUGGGAUACAUGGACAGUGAACAAUAAGCCAGUAAAAAUUAAAUCAGUCUCAAUGAAGAUUCGGAGGAACUAUGAUCCAUAUUUCCAUUAACCUUUGAAAAUAGAAAUAUAUCUAUUCUUGCUGUUAUGUGGCAUAAUGUAUCAAUACAACAUUAACAUUUUCAUUUAAACAGUUCAGUCUUAAAACUUUAUUAAAUAUUUCCAUAAUACAGUUACUCAUUUUUAUUAUGAAAUACCAGCAUUUGCAGUGGUCCCACUUGAGUAAGAAGGUCCUAAGGAAAGGAUUUCCAGAUAAACAAUGAAGCUCAGUGUUUGCAAGUUUUUAUUUAGCUGCCUCAUAUGUAAUCACAGAUCCAGUGGAAAAGUUAUAAAAAUAGAAAUGCUGACUUUUGAAUGUAUUUCUUCUAUGGUCUCUGCAUAUCUAAACUGCCAAGAAAUUGCAGGAAAUUUUCUUUUAAGAAAGUAAUAUAUCAGUCAUUCUUGCAAUGACUGAUAUAUUUUUCAUGUUUUUCUUCAUGUUAAUUUUCCAGAACCAGCUUUUUUUAAUGUAUUCCUUAUCAGGCGAGAUAAUAUUAACUUAUGUCAGCACAUGUGUAAGGUCCUUGUAAAACUUGUAAUAGCUUACUUGUAUAAAAAAUGAUGCCCUGGGAGUACUGUAUAGACCCUGAGUAUUGUAUAUUCUCAGGGAUUGUUUUUUAGACAAGUAAGGCAGAUUGCAAUAUGCAAGAGCUAUGGUCUAUUUUCUAUUUAAUUCUAUUUCAUAGUCAAUAUAUUUCAUAUUCAGGUUAAGAUUUGUCAUGUCCAUAAUUCACUAAAAAUGAAUACAUUUUUUUCAAAGAAAAUGAAUAACAUAUCUUUGGAGUUUUGAUUUUUGGAUGUAUGGGCAUGAAAUUAUCUUUUUCAUUCUUACUGUUAUUCACUUUGUGAAUGUUCUUAUAAUAAUGAACAAAAGAUUGGAGUUGUAUAAUUACAUUUUAAACUAUGCAGUGUUAAGUGUUUGAAUUACUGUCAAUAAAAAUGAAGUAAUAUAAAAAGCACGUGAA